AUGCGGGUAUUGGACGCCUGCGAGCAUGAGCUGUUGAAUUGGGAGGUGAUGCAGAUACUGAGUGAGGAGAGGAAUAGGCUGGAAGAGGAUAGAGUAGUACUAGCGUCACCACCCAGUCCAGGGAGUUCAGAUGGAGGCUCACCAAGGGUAGCUGCUGUGGAACCUAUAGAGGAGGAAGAGCCAUCUCAUGAUAAACUUAGAAUGGAUAAUCUUUUCACGAAGCUCACUUCGUAUCUUGUGGAUGAGCUGCAUACUAAUAGGCUUCGUGAAGAGCGAAUACCUAAGGCCUUGUCCCUUCUGAAUAGCCACGGCUUACCUCAACAGUGCUCCUGUGAGCUCCUCAACAACACUAGGCUUUGUGCUAAUAGCGAUGUAUACGUCUACACUGCUAUUGAGUCGGUACCCAACGUCAAUGAGGAGACACUCGAGGCGGCCCAUAACGUGGUGAAGUAUGUGUUGGGGUCUGAUGAGGUUAAUGAGGAGGAUAUGGUUGGGCCCCUAGGCUUGUCGGAGGAUAAGGACGUAGAGGAAGAGGAGCACCCAGUCAAGCGUCCACGGCGGACCUCCAACCGUGGUGGUGGCUGACGACGAUACAGCCUUCUAGACGUUUCUAUCG